GACCACAAAGUGCUGGCGAUUAAGGAUUUUCAAGAUCAAGACAUUGAAAACGUGUUAAGGAGGCCAGUAUUUUGCCAAAAGGAACAUCAUGAAAACAAAAAGCUAAAGUUCUUUUGCAAGGACUGUGAAGUCGCCAUUUGUAACACUUGUGUUGUAACGCUUCACGAAGGUCACGUCAAAGUGCCUUUGCAAGAUGCUGCCAAUGAACGAAAAUUACGUUUGGAGUCCCUGUUAGAGUCUCAGAAGGUCAAGGCGCUUCAGAAAAGAAAUAUGAUAACUAGACUACAAAGUGAGUGCAAUGAAAUUCAAGAACAGGUUGCUUGCGUGAAAAAAAGCGCACAGAAUUUGGUUGACAAUUUAAUGAGAAUCAUUGAAACGAAGAAACAGGAACUUUUUAAAGAGGUCGAAGACAAAGCUCAACAGUCCAUUGAACGUCUUGUAGAGCAACAGUCGGACGUAGAAAACGAAUUACAGCUGAUUGAGACAUCAAUUGUAAAAACUGAAACUUUCCUAAAGCGUAGCAGCAAUGCCGAGAUUGUGCACUUUAACACAUUAUUUCAAGAGGAGGUCACUGACGAGGCAGACCAAGUCGACUGUGAUCGUAAGGAUCUUGGCCACUUUGUGUUCUUUGCAAACAAAUCAUUGAUGGCUAAAGCAAACAUUGAAGGUGUUGGUUUUUUGAAACAAAUCAUCAGCCAGACUAAAUCCAGCAACUCAAAAGCGGAAGGAAAUGGAAUCAAUGACGUGACUGUUGGACUGGAAGCACAGUUUGUUUUAACAACACGAAAUGUUGAGAAUGAACAAUGCUACGAACAGUGUGAUAUCGUUACAGUGGAAAUCAGAAAUGAUGACGGCCGUGAAUGCGCCACUGAAGCACAAGUCCAAGAUAACAAAGAUGGCAGCUACAAUAUCAGCUACUUUGCCAAAGAAGCAGGAACAUUCCAGACAUCAGUGAUGGUAAAUGGAGAACAUGUUAGUGGCAGUCCAUUUACUAUUCAAGUCAAACCCAGAAAAUACAAACCUGUGCUGUCGUUUGGAGAAGAAGGUUCAUCUGCUGGAAUGUUUGAUGGACCUUGGGGUGUGGCGGUGAAUGAACUUGGUGAAAUUGCAGUAACUGAUUCUCAGAACAACCUUGUCCAGAUAUUUAGUAGUGAUGGAACUUACUUAAGGUUUUUUGGCAGGUCGGGUAUUCAAGAGGGAGAGUUGAUUCACCCUUGUGGUAUAGCUUAUUUAAAUAACGGAAACAUUGUAGUAGCUGACAGUGAUAACAACCGACUACAAAUAUUCAAUGACCAGGGAGAAUACCUUGCUCAAAUUGGCAGUGAAGGAAAUCUUGAUCACCAGUUUGAUUUUCCGUGGGGUUUAUCUGUAAACAGUGAUGGUAAUAUUAUUGUUGCUGAUGCAGAUAACAAACUAAUCAAGAUCUUCACACCAAGCGGCCAGUUUCUUAGAAAGUUUGGUGGACAAGAUUUAUUAGUUGAUCCCUGUCACUGUAUUCAGAAGGAUCGAUAUUAUAUAGUAUCAGACCGAGGAGAUCACAGUAUCAAAGUGUUUAAUACAGACGGUAAUUUUCUGUAUAAAUUCGGGAAUCAAGGAGACGGUGAUGGGGAAUUCGAUAAUCCAUAUUGCUUAUCAGUCGACAAAGCAGGACACCUGAUGGUCUGUGAUUCUGGCAAUUACAGGGUUCAAGUAUUAGAACUGAGUGGAAAGUUCCUAACAAAGUUUAAACUAAUGAGUGGGGGAUUACCAGUCUCUACCGCACUUCUGUCUGAUGGUAGCAUAGUAGUGUCUUAUUUUAAUGACAAUUGCAUUCAGAUAAUUAAAUAAAUACCUUUGAUAAAAAAUUAAUAUAAUAGCAUAGGAUAGGUUGGAAAGGUUGAUUAUUCAACUCCCUGCAAUUGAAAAAGAUAUUUGGUAAAUUUUAUUAUUGUACGUAUUUUUUUCUGUUUGGCUCUUUCUUUGUAACAGUCCUUUUGCGAUACGUGCCGGUAAUUGCGGUCGUGUCCUUUCCAAGAGUGCUCAAGGUUUUUAGGCUGUGAAUCGAGAUACUGUAGUGUUACUCUUCUUUAAGCAGGUUUGUCAAUAUCGAUGAAGCGUGGAUGCACAUCCAUGGCAUCUCGCGAUUACUGAGUCUACCUUAUGGCUGAAUAAAAGAUAAAAAAAAGAGUCAAAUCAGAUUUCAUGAAGGAUGAAACGAUUCUUCAAGUCUUACAGCAGUAUCUCAUCGUAUCUUAGUUUGGGAUUAGGCUCGGGUGUUGGAAGUUUGUGAUGCAUAUCUCUCGGUGCCUUUUAUGCGAGGAAUAGCUACAUUGGGGGUGGGGGUGGGGAUGGUUGAAGGGGAAGAGAGGUUAGAUACUGCUCGCCCAAAACUUUGCUUCUACGCCGCUGACUCAAAAGUCUAUUAUCAUACUGUUAUUAUUUCUUCAUAAGGAAAUAUUUUCAACCCCCUCUGACAAAUGCGCGCUAAACGUUCUACCGCUUUUUAGUUCCUGGGAAACGCUAUUCCUGAGCAUGUCUCCAAUCCCUCGAAGAAAGUAUCUGUAGCAACAACAGCGCUUGAUUCAUUACUAUUAACUAGAGAGAAAUUCUAGCUCCGCCCCUGGGACCACUUCAGACGCCGUAAAAAAGGCUGCCAUCUUUUUGGCGUUAAAGUACAGAAUUUGAUUUGAGGUUGAAGUUAGUCGUCAACCUUUUACGUCCAACGCUAGGUUUUAUGCAGCUCAGGCCUCUGACGUUCUUCAAGAAACCAAAAGAAGUGAACACAAUUUCCCACUUAGAGGCACUUUGCCGGCCACGUGAUAGACUGUCACAAAAGACGUCAUUUUAAUAGAUUGUGUAGUAGGUGGCAUCUAGCGUGUAUGCAGGCUAUCUAGAGUGAGGGAAAGCUUUUCGGUGAAACCCUCGAGGAAAAAUCAGGCCGCGGCUAUCUGAACUUGACCGUUUUUCCAAUUCUUCUCGCGGCUCUGCCUUCAACACAAAAGCGCUUUUACGAAAAAAACGCACAUGCGCAAUAAUGAAACAGGAUUCGUAGCGGCGAAUGGCGGCACACCUUGCCAUCCAUCACGAUAAAGCAACAACUUAAACGUUUAAUCAUACACGAUGCGUCCCUGAAUGAUUCACAAGUGCCCCACAAAAUGACCAUCACAUGUAUCGAUUAGAAUUACAGCGAAAGAAUUCUAUUAACGCGAGGAAAAACCUUAACAAAACGGGUUAACAAAAAACUUGAGAUUAUUUUAAGCUGGCAUCGUGCACGCCAAUCACGAGUCUUCCGUGCGCAUGUCAACAAAGGGAAACCCGCUGGCAUCAAAAGACCAGCAGUUUCAGGUAAUGAUCGUUCACGAACAUUGCAAUUAAAUAAUUUAUUGUUGAACUAGUCUUUAUUCUAUUGAACCAGUCCCAGUGGAAUAAUUUAAUUCAUGUCACUACAGUUCCCCUAUAAAGCACAACACCGGCUUUCGAGUCGAUCAAAGCUGGCCACACGUGAUACUUUAUUCCAAGAGACGUCAUGUCAGACGUCAUGAACCGUCCAUGAAGUUUCUCUGAGAACUCUGUGGCUUCGUAUUCAAUGCUCAUUGGUGGAACUUGGACUGCCAGCAUCCAUGACAAGCGAACGCAUUCAUCCAUGUAUUCUGUUAACUUCACACAGUUUUGUAAUUCUGGAAAAUCGUACAGGGUGCUCCAUAGCUGUUUGCUUACAUCCUUUAAAGGCAAAAAGAAAAGAAAUGUUAAAAACCUCCUUAUGAAGUUAUUCGCCACCUUUUUACGCAUGUACGAAAUGAUGGGGUUAAAGGAAUGUCACGCGGUCUCUCGGAAAGAAAACAGCUGAUUCAACGCGGCGCGUGUUCCACUGGCGAAACUGUUUAUUCCGUUCACAUAAAAUACAACUUUUCUAAGUCAAACAGAAUGUAUAGAUUGAGUUUAUAUCUCCAAGAUUUCCCUCAUUAUUACUUGGCGUUGUCUCCGUCGACAUUGUUUUAAAUACCACAAAACAAUCUACACCUUAAAAUCGAGUUUGAAUAAUCAAUUGCUUCCUUAAGGAUGCUUCCACAGCUAUUUGGAAAGGAUUAAUUAUUUGCGUUCAUCCACAACAAAUUAACCAAAAUAAUCAUCCACUUUUUCGGCGUUCAUUAAAAUAUUCACUUAAGUUCUCAACGCACCUGUUUGACACUGUCAAUUUUAAAUCGUGCGCCCGUUGUCCUUAAAUAGUCGGCAAUGCGGCCUUGCAUUUCCUGCGCGUUCGCUGCUAUCUUGUCGUCAUCCGGGAUAUCUAGGAUUUUCUUGAGCUUAGUUUGCUUUUCUGACAGUGAGUGUUGUACCUUGCGGUAUGCCACCUACCGGAAUGCACACAAACACUUUUAACAUCACUGGUUCGAGUUAAAGGCGUUGUUUCUAAAGAGACCCCACGGAGUAUGAUGGGAUACAUGCUCUUACCCAUGGAGAUUGAGGAAUAGUUCUGUGCAUGAGGAAGGCCACGGCGACCUCUACUACGGCGGCCGAAAGUGAAAAAGCCCAAAAAUGACGCAGUGCGCAUGAAUGGAAAUAACCUUUCGCAGUAGCGCCAAACCCUAUCAUGUGAAGACCUGUCUUGUGGCGUAGUCGCUGCUACGUGAUUCUAAACUGAGUCAACUUUUCUCCUAUUUCUUUUAACAAUCACUGGUUUUAAGACGUAUCAUAGAUUGUUUUUCACUUUAGAAAAGAAAUAAUUUGACACUUUUAGUUUUCCAGGAAUUGCGUCUUCCCUGCGUUUUCUCUUUUUAAUUUUUUUUAUCCUCAAUCGAAGUCAAAUGCUGUGUACACUCCUCGUCACUGUUAAUCUUUGAUCGUAAGAGAGAAAAAUGUUAUCUCUUGCUUCUCUAAAGGAGGUCAAUUCGACUUACUAACAGCGAAAGCAAGUUAGCGGGAAACGCCGCACUCACUGUUUCGACUUCGCUUGCUUAAAGUUGAAAUUUGGUCGGCUAUAGCCUGCGUAGCAAGCGAUUUCGUGAAGUUUCGGAGCAAAGAAAGACCGAGGAACGACUAGUAACGGGAUUUUCGGUUUUGGCCAAGCAAAAAAUGGAACGAACUUCGAAACCGCACGGAAACGCUUGCAACGCAGGCUAACGUACUCUCCCCUGGACUCUGCAUCCACGACCACCGUAGUAUAGGUCACGUGGUCACCGUAGCGAUUUUUUUUAAAUUCUCAAAUGUCUCUUGGCCGACCGAGAAGCGUCUAUGACUCUUAGCUGCGGUACGCUAAUCAUUUGCCAUACCAAUCGCUCGUCCUCACAAAAAGUUGCUUAUUCCCUGGUAAAAUUUUCCCAAGCAGACUCUCUAGGGGUUCUCAUCGGCCUUUUUACUCAUUUUAAGUAGAUUAUAACAACUUUUUUGAACGAUUCACAACUGUAAAUGCAAAUGAAGAUUAUGGCACUUACCACCAAAACUGAGAACAAUAUUUUGUUUUUGAUGUCUCCACUGUCGUCCACUUUAUCUAGAUUCCAACUCAUCAAGCUCGUCCAUAGCGUCUAGCCUCGUCUGGGUGUAGAGGUUGUCAUAGCGUUCUACCAGAGCGGACGGCCGACACUCACCAGCCGACAGAUCCUCAAAUUUCCCGCCUUUUUUGACCUGUCUUUGCGCCUGGUCCUGUAACCUUAAAUAGAAUAGACAAAGAUAUUCUUACUGACUUUCUUCCAUGACUGUAAUAUCCAGUGAGUUUACAGGCUUCCUUUUUUUACCUGUCCGUCAUAUUUUUCUCUCUUUUUCUUAGGAGUUGAACAGUUUCCUGUGUUACUUCAAGUUCCUUUUGUUUAUUCUGCAGUUGUUUUUAAGGUCGGCAUUGAUAUUUUUUUGCUGUUGGUUUGUUUCUGUCCCAUUAACAUUUGAACUCAGCUGUUUACUUUGUGUUGCCUUCACUCUUUCCACCUGCUCAGUCUCGCUUGACCUAAGUGCGGAGAAUUCUGAAAGGCAAAGGAAUAAUACCGACAGUCGUGAACGUUCAUUUAUUUCUAAAAUGAAAUUGUUAUUUCAGUCAAAUGUUUUGACCAAUCGAGUUGUCGUUUGUUACAAUGUAUUUAGCGUUGGGUUAUGUAGAAGAGUGUUUUUACUUUAAGGACCAAAAGAACGACGCUGUAACAGUUCAGUAACAACCCGGAUAUAAAAACCCCUGAUUCGGGACUGACUGAGUCCAGUGAACUCUCGCCUUGCGGACACCCCUGUAUAACGGACACCAUAAUAAUACGGACAGCAGCUAAAUCCCAGGCAAAACUAAAUAGCAGACGUUUGAUUGAUAUAAACUCUUGCUAUUACAGACUCUCGCUAAUGAGGACACUAAUUGAAGGUCCCUACAGUUUCUGCUAUAAAGGGAGUUGAAUGUACGUUGAAAUGUUUGGCUAUUAGUAUGGAGAGUGGUAUUUAUGAAUCGUAGAGGGCUAUUAGUUCAUCAAUAUACUGUAAACUGGCUGAUGUAUUUUCUUUAGAAAAUGUUUAUUACUUUAUCAUCAUCAUCAUCAUGUAUGUUGCGCUUAUUUGACCCCUGUUUAUUUGGCGAAAGUUCAGUCUGGAGGUUUUUCGUUAUUCUUAGUUUCAUUUAUAUAGGGUUUGUUACUGGGAGUAAAGUAUUUCGCUGUACUCCUUUAGUUUUACUAUUGGGCACUGUUAAUUCGUUACGGGUGACUUUUCGGAAACUUUACUUGAAUACCUAACUAUGGAAGCCUAGUAAACGUCUCAAACAAAACCAGGCAACCUUAACAGUUGAGCGCCUAUGAUAACUCCUCUAGCAGUUGUAAUACCAGGAGGUACCCGUGAUGAAACCUUUCGAGUAAUUGUAGGUAACAAUUGAUGAUGACUAUCUUUUUUAUAUCAAAAUGCCUUGGAUUAUGUGAUUACGUUCGCUCUUAUUUUACUUCUAGUAGAACCAAAGUGAGAUUCAAAAUCGUUUUCGUGUUAUUCACGUAUUCUACACUUUUUACUAUUCGUAAGAAGAAACAGCGGGAUCAAUUGUCUAUUUGGGUUCAGGAGCAGAGAUAAAAACCUAGGAUCAAACCACUUGGACGAAGAGUUCUGGCAAACUGAACAGUGUUUGGACGAGGUAACGAACAUUAAAAUAAUGAUACUGUAAGUAGUAUGCCAUUUACAAGCGUGACCAAGGAGUUGCUGGUGUCGGUACUGUCUAGAAACAAAUCCAGUGAGCAAUCAGUCAUUUGUUUCCAAGAGGGAUUUUAUUAGCUUGUACGCGAACCUAUCCUCGACUGCGAAAGAAGAACUAUAAAAUUCUUUGCAACCCAAGGCAGGUUUGAGUUGAACUCGGGAAUUUGGAAUGAUGUGCCGAGUGCAGCGCUCUGGCCGCUCGUUCCUGCUGCCUCCUUUCCAUUGUAUUAUUCAUGAAUGUCUUUCUUUUUGUUGUUGUUUUGCUCGGAUGAACUUCAUUUUCUCUACGUUUAGUUAAAUUGGAUGAUUAAACAUUGCUUGUCAUCACUGCACUUAGAAUAUGUUUUUUGUUUUUGAUUUAGUUGAACGAAGAAGUUACCGAGAUGGUGAAAAGAAUAAAACAAACUCGACCAAAUAUUGAAGAAGAAGCAGCGCUAGCAUCCGCGAACUUAUUUACAAAUCUGCAUUAGGACCUUUUACCUAAUCGCGGCUUAUUUCAGGUCAGACGUGCCCUGGAAGGUACUGAGACAACCGCUAAAGGAAGAGAUUGAUUGUGAGUUUCCUUCUUGUGGCCGGUCGAUGGAGCGGUUCACCUGUUAUAGAUUUUCGCUAUAGAAUUGCUAUGGACUGUAUUUCUUGUGGUCUAUACGCAGCGGAAACAAUGGCACAGAUAGGAAAGAACUGGUGCGGAACGUUUUUGGUGGUGAACAUUGCUUUUGGCUCUUAGCUUGAACAUAACCAGGUUCUCGCAGAUAUAGAAGGUGAAUUCUUUACAGUUAAGCGCUGAAUUGGAAGGCCUCGUGUCACGAACACUGCCUUUAAUGCAAGCAUUUUCUGUACGGUAGAGGGUUGGAAGUAGAAAUGGCAACAAACCAACCCCACCUACUCCCUCCUUCCUGGGCACAAGCUGCUGACAGGCCAGGACAUUGCACAGUGAAGACAAGCGUGUAUUUUGAAUAUAACACUUAUCAUUGUCACCCUGAACUUACAUUGAUCAAUCCUUGGUUAGAGGGAUUCUUUGUAAGUUUGAAAUGAUUUAUAAAACGGAAUUAUCUUAAACGCACGGUUUGACUUAUAUGACUUUAUAUAACUUUAUAAAAGAAAGGCUCAACACGAGCUAGAUAUUCGGCGCGCAGUUUAAUCAUUUUUUUAUCAGGUUUAGUCUUGUUUCCUUUAUAGCCUGUGAACAGACCUUCCGGGUUGGUUAGGACAAGAAAAUUGAGGGAAAAUUAGGAAAGCGGCGAGAAAAUCUUGUGCAGAAAAAAAAAAUAGGAAAGGGGUCCUCCCCCCCCCCCCUUACUUUCUCUUCCCUCGGCUUCUCCCUUUUUUCGCCCUGUCCGCCGCUUAUUACAGAACUUGUUCGAACCUAAUUCUCAGGAUAAAUCGUAGGUACUGUUUAGGGGACGAUUUUUGCCUAAAAAAAUGCUACACAGCUCCCACCUGAGGAACACCCUAAAUGAGAACUACCCGAGUGAACGAAUGUCUGCGCGCUCUGGGCAGGAGAGGACUGAGUCUGAUGACGUCACUUUUAAGGCUGGGGAUAACCGAUGAUUUUAAAACAGUCAGCGUUGUCUGUACUUCUUAUUUCUUAUCACCCGUUAAAGGGGGUCAAAUUUACUUUCAAACUUCUCAUCAUGAUCUUCUUUCAGAAGUAUAACACCAAGCAACAUAGACAUAUUUACAUAUGAAUUAUUGACCAAGUGUGACAUCAGGGUGGGUAGACAGACAGUUGCCACGUUUUUAUGGAUUCAGAAACCAAGCGGAAGACAUAAAAAGGCAAAAAAGAACGAGGCCAUUAUUCAGCCAUCUUGAUCGAAAAAACUCGGUCGAUAAAGGGUUUUUAUAUGGCCGAAAAGAGGAAUUUUGAGUUGAGGUCUUAGGAUCCAACGCGGUAAAUCUGAGGGACCAAGAGUGGUCCAUCUUGCUUGCUACGCUCAGGAAGCCAAUAAAAACACAGGAUUCGCUUCAUCUUGCCUGCUUGCUUGAAAGAAACAUAAUAAAUGCUUUUGUUAUUUCUGUGAUACAAACUACUACAUUUUCGAGCCUCAUUUUCAUUUUUCAUAUCAGACCAUCUGGGACAAAACCUAAGACAUAUUUAAGUCUUGUUGACCCUUAAUCGGAUCCGAGUGUGCGUUUCAAUUGAAUGAGCUCCAAUUGUUUCAUAGUCUUUUUCAUCUAGCCGAUUCUUCACACUGAUUGCUAGUUAUUGUUUGCAACAAAUUUCAAAACAUCCCAACACAUUCUUUCACUUAUUUGUAGGUCACGGGAUUUAAGCUAAUUCCCAACAAAAUUGGGACGUCGUUCUCAGAAGUUGGACAUCGUCAAAACAUGUCAAGCAAUGUUUCGUUCAUGAUUGGUUGAUGUCUGUAGCCCGAUAACUAAUGGGCGCUCGAAACUCUUACUAAAAGACUCUGGGGGCGCCAGCGUUCACUCAAACCUUGGUCUCUUACCAUUUCUGCAAACUCAGUUAUGGAUUUACAAACCUUAUUACACAACCUACAUGAAGAAGUAUCCUGUUCUGUGUGUAGGAGCCCGUUCACUGAUCCAAAAAUAUUGCCGUGCUUUCAUACAUUUUGCCUUCAUUGUUUGAACGAGCUUCAGCGAACAAGUGGAAAACAUGGCGAGAUUACAUGCCCGGAAUGUCGUAGAAAGUUUCAAGUUCCUGGAAGUGGUUAUCCUAAAGAUUUACCGGCCAACUUUCGAAUGAACAGUUUGUUGGAUGUAAUGGCUAUUCAAAAAUGUAACGUCGCUGGGGUGAAGUGUGGAAACUGCGAAAAAACAAGUGCCCAAAGUUUCUAUUGCUUUAAAUGUUGCGCCUUCUGGUGCGAAGAUUGCAUUGCAGCUCAUAACAUUAUCCGAGCCAAUAAAGACCACCGGGUGUUAGCGAUUAAGGAUUUUCAGGAUCAAGACAUUGAACACGUGUUAAAAAGGCCAGUAUUUUGCCAAGUAGAACAUCACGAAAGCGAAGAGCUGAAGUUCUUUUGUAAAAACUGUGAAAACGCCAUUUGCAAUACUUGUGCUAUAACGCUCCACGAAGGUCACGCUAAGUUGCUUCUCCAGAAUGUUGCCAAUGAACGAAAGUCAAGUCUACAGUCUGCGAUGGAAACUCAGAAAGAAAAGGCUCUUCAGAUGAGAAAUACGAUUACCAGUCUACAAAGUGAGUGCAAUGAAAUUCAAGAACAGGUCGCUUGCGUGAAGAAAAGCGCGCAGAGUUUUAUUGACAAUUUAAUGAAAGUCUUUGAAGCGAAGAAACAGGAACUGUUUACAGAGGUGGAAGACAAAGCUCAACAGGUGAUCGAGCGUCGGGUAGAGAAACAGUCUGAGGUCGAAUACAAAUUACGGCGGAUCGAGACAUCAAUUGAAGAAACGGAAAGAUUCUUAAAGCGAAGCACAAAUGCUGAAAUUGUGCAGUUUAACACCGUAUUCCAGGAGGAAGUCACUGACGAGGCAGAACUAGUCGACUGUGACCGUAAGGAUCUUGGCCACUUUGCGUUCUUUCCAAACAAAUCAUUGAUGGCUAAAGCAAACAGUGAAGGUGUUGGUUCUUUGAAACAAAUCAUCAGCCAGACUAAUUCGAGAAACUCACAAGCGGAAGGAAAAGGAAUCACUGAGGUGACUGUUGGACUUGAAGCACAGUUGGUUUUAACAACACGAAAUGCUGAGAACGAACAAUGCUACGAACAGUGUGAUAUCGUUACAGUAGAAAUCAAAAAUGGUGACGACCGUGAAUGCGCCACUGAAGCACAAGUCCAAGAUAACAAAGAUGGCAGCUAUAAUAUCAGCUACUUUGAAAAAGAAGCAGGAACAUGCCAGACAUCAGUGAUGGUAAAUGGAGAACAUGUUAGUGGCAGUCCAUUCACUGUUGAAGUCAAACCCAGAAAAUACGAACCUGUGUUGUCAUUUGGAGGAGAAGGCUCAUCUACUGGAAUGUUUGAUGCACCUUGGGGUGUGGCAGUGAAUGAACAUAAUGAAAUUGCUGUAACUGAAUUUAAUAACAACCGAGUUCAGAUAUUUAGUAGUGAUGGAACUUACUUAAGGUCUUUUGGCAGUAAGGGUGAUCAAGAGGGAGAGUUUAAUGAGCCUACAGGUAUAGCUUAUUUAAAUAAUGGAAACAUUGUAGUAGCUGACAGUGAAAACAACCGACUGCAAAUAUUCACUGAGCAGGGGGAGUACCUUACUCAAAUUGGCGGUGAAGGAAAUCUUGAUCAUCAGUUUAAUUAUCCAUCGGGUUUAUCGGUAGACAGUGAUGGUAAUAUUAUUGUUGCUGAUGCAGAUAACAAACUAGUCAAGAUCUUCACACCAAGCGGCCAGUUUCUAAGGAAGUUUGGUGAAGAUUUGUUAGUUGAUCCCUGUCACUGUAUUCAGAAGGAUCAAUAUUUCAUAGUAUCAGAUGAUGAUGAUCACGGUGUCAAAGUGUUUAAUACAGACGGUGAUUUUCUGUAUAAAUUCGGGAAUGAAGGGGAAGGGGAUGGGGAAUUCAAUGAGCCCUGUUGCAUGUCUCUUGACAAGGCAGGGCACCUGAUGGUCUGUGAUUCUGAGAAUGACAGGGUUCAGGUAUUGGAAGUGAAUGGAAAGUUGAUAACACAGUUUGGACGAUAUGGCAGUGAGAUUGGAGAGUUAAAUGAACCGAAGUCAACCGCAGUUCUCACUGACGGUAGGAUAGUUGUGACUGACUUUAAUAACGACCGUAUUCAGAUAAUGGAAUAA